AUGGAAUACAAUGAAAUAUCAAAUCCUGAAGGAUGGGUGAAGAAAAAAUGGCUAUUUGGACGUUGGAUAAAGAGAUUCUGUGUUUUACAGGGUUCACAACUCAUGAUAUGGAAGGAUGAUAAGAAAGAAAAUGUUGAUUUAACGAUCGAAAUCACUCCUGACACGAAAAUCCUUAUUCUCAAGAGCAAAAAGAACAGAAAAUUCUAUGUUGAAGAUCCGAUGGGCAACUCUGCAACUCUUAAAACAAAGAGAUCCGAACAAAUGAUGUUGUGGGUUCUUAUUUUGAGAGCUGUUACAUUCAACAAUCCAUCAAUUGAUAUGAACUGCUUUGAAAUCAUUAGCGUUAUAGGGAAAGGAUGUUACGGAAAGGUUCGCUUGGUCAAAUCAAAAUCAACAGGAGAAGUUUUUGCCAUAAAGUCUAUUCGUAAAUCCAAACUUAUACAGCAAAACAGAAUACAUACAGUUAUUGCAGAAAGAAACAUACUCUCUAAAGCCAAUCAUCCUUUCAUUGUUGCGCUUAGAUUUGCUUUUCAGACUCCUGCAAAGUUUUACUUAGGUUUGGAAUACGUUCCAGGCGGCGAGCUAUACACAAGAAUUCAUAGAGAUGGAUAUCUUAGCAAAAUGGAGUACAAAAUGGUGAUCGCUCAAAUUGCCAUUGCAUUAAAUUACUUGCACAGUAUUGGUAUCGUAUAUCGAGAUAUCAAACCAGAAAAUAUACUUAUUGGUGCUGACGGCUACAUUAAACUUGCAGAUUUCGGCCUUGCAAAAGAUAUAAUUACAGAUAACAAGACAACAUCAUUUUGCGGAACCCCAAAGUAUAUAGCACCAGAAACUAUUGUUGGGGUUCCUUAUGACCAGUCCGUUGAUUGGUGGUCAUUAGGAAUUUUGACGUAUCAACUGAUUUACCACAAAUUCCCUUUCUACAGCCAAAAUGUCGAUGCUGUAUAUAGAAUGAUUCUUAAUAAGAAGGUAGAAUUUCCAGAUUCCGCAUCUCCAGAAGAAAUUGACUUCAUUUCAAUUUUGCUCGAAAAGGAUCCAAAGAAGAGAGCAGGAUACAAUGAAGUAUCACAGCAUCCAUUUUUCUCCGAAUUUACCUUCGAAGACAUUUUAAAUAAGAAAUUAACACCAGAAUACAUUCCAAAUCUUGAGGAACCAACGGAAGUGAAGUAUUUUGACCCAAUAUUUACUUCUGAAAUUAAAGCAGAUUCUUAUGUACCUCCAAUAGUCGGAUCUGAAGCUUGUAUUCCAGGAUUCUCUUAUGUCGACACGAUUUAUAAUAAUGAGGAAGUUUGCUGCACAAGUUAUGUUGUUUGA